AAUACCCGAAAUUAACUGGGAAGAAGACCAACCAAAUCCACAACCAGAAAAUCAGAAAAAUGAUAAUACAAGGCAAAGACUCCAAGGGCAACAGACGAACUAGCUCCCGCCCUUCUUCUCCACCUCGUUCACGCUCAUCAAGACUUACUCCACCAUCAGCCUCUUUGCUCGACGGUGAACCGGUGACUGAUCGAGAACGAAGCUCCACAAUUACUAGUCUCUUUGAAGAUCUCCAAAUUUCACAAGAUGUAAACUCUAACCCCAGGAGCUUUCCUUACAGCGUCAAACAACAAUGUUGGGAAAAGGCAGAGAAGGUCAAGGGACGAGACCCAGAUCGCUGGAGGCGAGACGCUGUUGGUAACAUUGUUUUCAGGAAGCUCGUUGGUUGCCCUGGUUGCUUGUGCCAUGACUAUGACCAUAUCAUCCCUUACUCCAAGGGAGGAAAAAGCACACUGGAAAACUGUCAGGUCUUACAGGCAACCGUUAAUCGAUCAAAGGGAAAUCGGACUGAGUUGUCUAGAGCUGAUCUUAUCCAGAGAAGUUCUUAUUGCCGGGUUGCAGGUCGUGACAUGGAUCUUAUUGAACUUUCAGCCUAUGGCAAUGUGCGUCAUACAGAGGACUCAGCGGGGUGUAGGAUUCAAUAAUCAAUGUCUGCUGUAGGCACUAGUCAUAGUGUUGAUUUAAGGAUAGAUAGUUAUAUUAUUGAAUUGAUGCCCAAGGUCGAAGUAGUUAUAUUGUUGAAUUGAUGCCUAAGGUCGAAGAUGAAAUCCUAAGAGAACUUUUUCUUAAUAUUAUGUAAUUAUCAGAAUUUGAAGAAAAGGUAUAAUUUCCUCGUACUGAA